AUGUUUGACAAUGUCUGCAGAAAAGUGCCGUAUCUGGCUCCUAAGCACCACCGGGCCGUGCCUGCCUUCCAGAAGUUUAGCGAGUCGAAAGAUAGCUUGACUCAGACAAAAGCAUUCAUGAUAUUGUCAAAGCUGGUGAAGAAAGAAGAGGCAGACAAGCUUUCCACCAACUACAUCUGUAUCGUAACACUACUUUCGCAGUUGAAGGGAUGUCUCUCCAAUCCUGAACAUAAAAUAACAUAUACAAGACCACAUACAUCCGACAAGAACAUUGUGAGCGAGAUUUAUGAUAGUGCGGAGGAGUUAGUUCAAGCUGUAGAUGACCUUGCAAUCAAUGACAACAACAAACGGCUCAUAGUAGAACAGGGAGGCAUUCCUAUCCUCGCUCAAUUGCUCAAACGAGAUUGUUCCGUGGAGGAGAAGACUUUUGCGGCCAGUGGGAUCUGGAGUCUGGCAUUUAUCAAGGAAAAUAAAGUGAAACUGCGGAAAGAACAGGGUAUUAUCUACAAUCUGACGGAAAAUUCCCAGAGUAAAAACGAAAAACUCCGCAAUGCUUGUAUGGGCGCACUUUUUGAGAUCUACGAAUCCAAACUUCCCGAAGGCCUGAUGCACAGGAAAACAGAUAUCGAGUCACCGCAGAAGGCGACGUCGGACAGUGCGAAGUCCAGGGGACACAUCAUGCUCAGCUACAAAUGGGAACACCCGUCCAAACCUGUGAUGCGAGAGUUCAAAGAACAGCUGCGCAAAAGAGGCUACAACGUGUGGAUGGAUGAAGACCACAUGAAGGGUGAUAAAAUCGGUGCAAUGGCAGAAGCCGUAGAGAAUGCUGAUAUGAUCAUAGCUUGUAUCACACGUGGUUACCAAGAUAGUCAAGACUGCCGUACAGAAGCGUCUUAUGCUUACGAAUGCAAGAAGAAGAUCAUCCCUGUGAAGGUGAGUAAUGACUUCAAAGCCUCUGGUUGGCUAGGCGGAAUCACGGCAGGGAAGAUCUACUACAUCGUUCAGCAAGCCGAGCUUGUCUCCGAGGUACUCUCCACCAUCAUCGAAAAAGAAUUCGCAGUGCAGAAAGAAUUCGCAGUGCAGAAAGAAACGGUCCAGAACGUGAACUCUGCUCCCGGUCCCCCGUCCCUAGAGCAAGAACUGAAACCCCCUCCAGUGGAAUCCCAAGUACCCGGAUGGGAUUCCAAGAAGGUCCAGGAUUGGCUUUUAGCUAACAACGUAGCAACACGUAACAAAUCUUUGGAAAAUCUCAAUGGAACCCAAUUACUGCAACUAAAGAAACUACUGAUCACAGUCCCACAAGCUUUCUACCAGUCUAUGAAAGACGAUCUUAAGGUCCCCUUUGUUGAUGUGCUAUCGCUUGCUGCUGCUCUUGAGAAACUAAAUUAA